AUGGCGAGCAAGGGGCGCCAUGGCAACAGGGGCAUCAGGGAGAAGAGCGGUGGCAUAGACUCCAACUUCUCCUCGGAUCCCUGUUUCUCUGCAGCGCAGCAAGGAUCCUCCGAGAAAUGGAGUACUGCAGCCGUCGGGGGGGGGGGGGGGAGCUGUCAUACAGGAUGGCCGAGAAGCCGGGAGAAAGGUCCCCCCUGCCGAGCGGCUCAGCCGGACCCCCCCAGUGAUGGCAGCUCGUCCCCCGCCCUCCCUGCUCCGGGCAGCCCCCGCACCCCCGGCCUGUCCGGGCUGAAGAACCACGGCAACACCUGCUUCAUGAAUGCCGUGCUGCAGUGCCUCAGCAACACCGACCUUUUCGCCGAGUUCCUGGGCUUGGAGCAGUACAAGGAGGGCAGCCCCUUACCCAGCCCCGGGGCCACGGACAGAGGAGAGGUCACCGAACAACUGGCCACGCUACUGCGGUCACUGUGGACCCUGGAGUACACCCCCCAGCACAGCCGGGACUUCAAGACAAUUGUAUCGAGGAAUGCUCUUCAAUACAGAGGCACCUCCCAGCACGAUGCCCAAGAGUUUCUGCUUUGGCUCUUAGACAGAGUACACGAAGACCUGAAUGCUUCUGGCAAGAAUAAGCCUCGGCUACCGGUGGAGGAAGAUCUGACAGGAGAGGGUCCUCCAUUCCCAACCAGUGGCACCUUCGUUCAAGAACUCUUUCAGGCUCAGUACAGAUCUUCCCUGACGUGCCCUCAUUGUCAGAAACAGAGUAACACUUUUGACCCUUUCCUCUGCAUCUCAUUGCCAAUCCCCUUGCCUCAUACACGGCCCCUUUACGUGACCGUGGUCUAUCAGGGGAAAUGCUCCCAUUGUAUGCGCAUUGGCGUUGCUGUACCUCUGUCUGGAAAUGUGGUGCGCCUACGAGAAACCAUAUCAAUGGAGACCAAGAUACCAACAGACCAGAUAGUAAUAACCGAAAUGUAUUUUGAUGGCUUCCAUCGCUCCUUUUCUGACACAGAUGAUUUGGAUACUGUCCAUGAAAGUGACUGCAUAUUUGCCUUCGAAACUCCAGAAAUCUUUCCCUCUGAUGGAAUUCUCGGCCAGAGAGGAGUCUGUGUGAACAAUAACCAGAAUUAUGUGAGGAAUGGGAUCGACCAUAAUCGGUCUCCCCAUUACUCUUCUGGCUCAGCGAGACUUCCUGUGAACAGGGUUGGCAUCACUGACCGAAUAGUUAUCCUGGUCUGUAACAGAGCAUAUAGUGGACAGCAUGGCAAGAGAUUCGGGCAGCCAUUUGUUUUGUAUCUGGAGAGGAACGUCACAUGGGAUCUCCUGCAGAAAGAGAUCUUGGAGAAAAUGCAGUACUCCUUACGGCCUUCAGUGUGUGUUCAGGUGUGUCCAUUUAGCCUUCGUGUGGUUACUGCGGUCGGGAUAACAUACCUCUUACCUCAGGAAGAAAAACCUCUGUGUCACCCCACUGUUGAAAGGGCUCUCAAAUCUUGUGGUUUAGGUGGGGCCCCUCAUGUGAAGUUGGUGGUGGAAUGGGACAGAGAAACUAAGGAUUAUCUUUUUGGUAACACAGAAGAGGAGUAUGUUCCGGACUCUGAGAGUGUACGUCUGCAGCGAGAGCUUCACCACCAGCCACAGUGCUGCAGCCUCUCCCAGUGUUUUCAGCUGUAUACCAAAGAGGAGCAGCUCGCUCCUGGCAAUGCCUGGCGCUGUCCCCACUGUAAACAGCUUCAACAGGGCAGCAUUAAACUCAGCCUGUGGACUCUGCCUGACGUUCUUAUUCUACAUUUAAAGAGAUUCCGACAGGAUGCAGAUCGAAGGGUGAAGAUGCAGAACUUGAUCCGCUUUCCCUUGGUGGGGUUAGAUAUGACCCCCCAUGUGGUGAAGCGCAGUCAGAGCUCUUGGAGCCUUCCAUCACAUUGGUCACCUUGGAGAAGACCCUAUGGCCUUGGCCGUGAUCCUGAGGACUUCAUAUAUGAUCUGUAUGCUGUCUGCAACCACCAUGGAACUAUGCAGGGUGGUCAUUAUACAGCUUACUGUAAAAACUCUGUGGAUGGCAUGUGGUACUGCUUUGAUGACAGUGAAGUGCAGGCACUUGCAGAAGAUGAAGUGUGCAAGCCAACAGCUUAUAUCCUCUUCUAUCAGCGCCGAGCAGCAGUGCCAUCCUGGUCAGCAAACAGUUCUGUGGCAGGUUCCACAAGCUCAUCACUCUGUGAUCACUGGAUUUCCAGGCUCCCAGGGAGCAGACAACCUAGUAUUGCCUCUGCAGCGUCUUCUAGACGGACCUCUCUGGCAUCGCUGGCAGAGUCUGUGGAGCUGACAGGAGAGAGAAGCGAAGAUGAUGGUGGCUUCUCCUCACGUCCAUUUGUAAGAAGUGUGCAGCGUCAAAGCUCAGGGCGAUCUUCAGUUACCAGUCCCCUGGUUUCCAAUGAGAAUGGAUUUAGACCAUCGUGGUCAUUAGCAGCAAAACUGCACCUGCGAGCAGCUGCUUCCUGCCGCCACCCAUCAGACUCUCCAGUACAUGGUUCUUCGCUCGGCAAAAUCGGUGAGGCUGAUGACCAUGUGUCAACAUCCUGUUUUGGUAGCCUUCGAAAUCUGUCUGGCAGCUUCCACGAUCACGUUGAAAAUGUGAGACGCGAGUAUCGGACAUCAUCUCGGGCUCCCUUGGCAUUAGCAGAAGGUGGUGCUCAGCCUGAACCAGUGAUUAAAAAACCUGUAGCUGAGCCGACUGGAAAGAGCGCAGCUGAGCUAGUGGGCAGGAACCCACUACUGGAUCCUAUCGAUAAUAAUAACCAUAUCGCCUUUGUGGAUCAAAGCGAUUCUGUAAAUUCCUCCCCCGUAAGGGAAAAUUCCCCACAGAUUGAAGAAGUUCAACAUAAAUUGCCCGUUACCAGUAAAACAACUGCAGAGCAGGGUAAAACAAUACGAGCAACAGAGAAGGACUCUUCUACACCCACCUCAGUGGCAGCAGGUAGCAACGGGAAACCCACAGCAAAAUCAAAAAGAAGUGAAAAGAGUGAAGUUAAAACCCCCACACGUCGUUCAUCUACACAACAGCGGAAAGACUCUGGGAAGCCACAGGAAGUUUCCACACCUGUGUCUCAACAAAGGCAAAGAACCUCAAGUUCCACCGCUAGCCACAUCUCCUCUCCGGCACAGAAGAAACCUACCCCAACUUCUAAGAACUCCUCAGUGUCGAGCACAUCCAGCAAGCAUCGAGCACCUGAAAAGACUCUUAGCAGGGAGGGGUCUAAAGUAAGCUUGGGCUCAGACAAAACCUCUGCCUCAAAACCUAGCAGUAGCACUACACGCGCCACACAACCCAGGAGCUGCGAGUCUCCAGUGGAUAAUCGGACAGUGCGUAGUUCCUCUAUGGCCAGCCUCCGCACUCCUCAAAAUGCACCUCGUUCUGGUCUCAAACGGGACAGCAAGUCUGAGGAGAAAGGGCUGAGCUUUUUUAAAUCUGCCCUAAGGCAAAAAGAAAGCAGACGGUCGGCAGAUUUGGGAAAGACCAACCUACAGUCCAAGAAACCUACAACCAAGAGUUUAAGCCAGGAGAAAGCUGACAACUCUGCAGUCUCGCCAACCAAGGAGGUUGCCCCAAACCCAAAAAAACAUUCUGUUUUACCUCAGCACAAAGCCAAGUCUUCCCCAGAUGAAAAACAAACCCAGUCAUCUCCUUGUGCUAAAAAGACUUCUGAUAAAUACCUAAAAAAGUUCCCUUCUUCAACAAAGCCAUCCUCUAAAGCUCAGUGACCAAGGGUGCAGGGACAGCUGUACCACAUGUCCUGACUGGAGAUGACUGCAGGAGAGCUGUCCCUGCUUACAGCCGUUGUU